GGGAACAAUGUGGCUUCACUGAAACUGAUAACUCCAACAAGCACAGCAGCGUUAGUGGGAGAAACAAUUCUUGCACAUUGAAAAAGGUCAACGAAUGUGAAAAUAUCAUAUACAUUAGCAGAGAGGCCUUUUCAUUGUUUUGCUCAGGUAACCAGACACCAUGGGAAGAAAACUGCGACACCUGCUGAUGUUCCUUCUCAUCAUCCUGAAGGAGCCCAACAUGCAGGUAGCUGGGUGGUGGAGAUCAAGUAAGGAAGCUAAAGCUGACCGCAGCUGCGCGCCAUCAUCAGCUCAGAAAACCGGCCGCAGCUGCGCACCACCGCGCUGCGAAUGCCGUUAUCUGGGCCUCACCAGGAUCACUCUGAACCUCCCAGCAUCCAUCAUGGAGUUGGAUUUGGGAAAAAACCAGAUAACAAUGAUUCAGAAAGGUGCAUUUGCAAAUCUACCCCAGCUACAAAAAUUGUACCUGUACCAUAACAAGAUAACAAUGAUUCAGGAAGGUGCAUUUGUAAAUAUACCCCAGCUGCAAGAGUUAAACCUGUCCUACAACAAGAUAACAAUGAUUCAGGAAGAUACAUUUGUAAAUCUACCAAAGCUACAAGUAUUGAACCUGUCCCGCAACAAGAUAACAAUGAUUCAGGAAGGUUCAUUUAUAAAUCUUACCCGGCUGCAAAAGCUGUACCUGUCCAACAACCAGAUAACAUUAAUUCAGCCUGGUACAUUUGCAAAUCUACCCGGGCUACUAGAGUUGUGGCUGUACAACAACCAGAUAACAAUGAUUCAGGAAGGUGCAUUUGUAAAUCUACCCCAGCUGCAAAAGUUGGCCCUGUCCAGCAACCAGAUAAGAAUUAUUCAGAAAAGUUCAUUUGUAAAUCUUACCCGGCUGCAAGAGUCGGACCUGUCCUUCAACCAGAUAACAUCAAUUCAGCCGGGUGCGUUUGCAAAUCUACCCGAACUACGAGAGUUGCACCUGACCCACAACAAGAUAAAAAUGAUUCAGAAAGGUACAUUUGUAAAUCUACCCCAGCUACAAAAGCUGAGCCUUAUGGACAACAAGUUGUCUGCCAUUACCCCUUUAGCUUUCAGCUUGUUGCCCUCUAAUCUAGACAUACGACUUGUCGGAAACCCCUGGCAGUGUGACUGUAAGAUGGUUCCCUUCAGGCUAGAUUCGACAGAAUUUCCUUUAUUCAAAGACCAGAUAACAUGUGUCGAACCCGCUAACUUACGUGGACAGAAGCUUGCAGCUGUCAGUCCUGAAGAAUUGUUAUGUCCAGAGACAACCACAUCAGUACUGCCUGUUGAUGUUCAAGUAACCUUAAAGUUUAACAAUUCUUACACAGGCACAACAGCUGACUCCACAGUCAAAAACAAGAAAGAUAAAACAAGACCGACAAUAGCUUCAACUCUUCAAAGCAACAGUUUCCAUGCUGAUACCCAGAUAACAUCUAAUGACUAUUACAACAGCACAACAGCAGAUCUUAAAGCUGGCAUUGCCCUGAUCGGCACCGUCAUUCUCACAAUCUGGUGCAAGAGGAGGACCAAGAAUCCCCCUCCUGGCUCUUCUUCAGGCCCUAAUUCUAACAUUGCCUUGCGUAGACUUAACAUGACAGGGCCGACCACCUCACAGCAGAAUGCUCUGUACAAAGUUGUGGGCCAGUCUGAGGCCACCAAUAAAUCCAUCCCAAACAGCACAGCUACUGUAGCGACCAGUGGACAUGACCACAGGUAUGAAGAUAUGACCCACUAG